CCAAACUCAUUCAAUGGCGGCUUAGCGGUUCUUGGCCCUUUUGUAUAUUUUCUUUAAAAGAUGCAUUUUGAUAAUUAUAAUUCUUGAUAUUAUUUAAAAAUGUCUCAAGACAAAAUAGUCGGUGUUGAGAUUCUUCUGGAGUUUUUGGAAGUGGCCUUUAAUCACAUACUAUUUUUCCGUAAAAUUUAUCCCAAGGAAAUUUUUGUCAAGAGAAAGAUAUACGGUGUCCCAAUAUACGUAUCGGAACAUCCAGAGUUGAACGAGUACUUGUCAAGUGUGUUGAUUGCGAUCAAGGAGCUGGUAAAGGAAGACCAAAGUAGUGUCAAAGCCAUCAGUCUUACCUUCUACAACAGGGAUAAACUGCCAGUAGAACAGUUCGUCUUUGACAUGGUUAAACUGCAGGCAGAUCUCGCGGAGAAAGAUCCAUAUUAUCUAAAGACCGAGGAGGCGUUGAAAACAAUUUGCUUGAAACUGUCAAAGUGCGACACGUACUUGAAGCCGUUGCCGGAUGGCUCAACCUUCUCCAUCGAAAUUCAGACGUACGAAACUGCACACAUUAUCCUCAGCGAGAAUCCAAAGUGCGAGGACUUUCCGUGGAUCGUCGAAGACGACGCAAGCGAGAUGAUCAACAAGACUCUACUGCCGCUGAAAGACGUCAAAACUGAUUGCUUAAACCUACAGGUAUGUUGCAGAUAGCGUUCAGCUGGUAGGAGCAAUCGAACACCUCCGAUCUUGUCGACGACUUGCUGGCGUCAAUCUUGAUUACCUUGACUUUCCACUUGUCCUCGAAGUCUUUGAUUUGCAUGUCGUCUAUCACG